CACUGCACGUCCAGUGGCCGUCGCUCCUGUAUUAGAAUGGAUAUAUCGCCAAUACAACGACUAUGCUUUCUCCUAUUGGCGCCCUUUACGCGAUGAAAUUCAACUGAUAUGUAAAGUAACGAAUUUUAUGCCAGCGUUUCUCAAUGGACGUCUCUGUUUUGGACGGUUUGCUGGUGGAAAUACGUUUUUUCCUUCCAAUGCCGCGCGGUGCGUUCACUUACUAUCAUAACGCUUUGAAAUCAAGAUGGGCUUUAUGAAAUCAUGAUGGAUGCACAUUCGAUCACAAACGCACUCUACCAAGGUAGCAGCAAUGGUGGAAGCAGAAGACACUGUGAUCAUCAUGUGCUCCCUCCAUACAGAGGAAUAAUGCUGAAAUUGAUGACUGUGGGAUCCUUAUAAAUUGUUAAUAAUACAAUGAACACCACUGCUACACCAUCAGACCUGGUGGAUGUGCCGAGACAGCAGAGCUUCAAUGGCACCCAUGGCACGUCAGGUUGGGCCGUGAUCCACACUGCCACCCUGACCUUUUGCUCUCUCCUCCUCAUUUUCAUAUUCUUCCUGGGCUCAUAUGGCAACCUUGUGGUAUUCCUGUCCUUUUUUGAUCCAGUGUUUCGCAAGUUUCGCACCAACUUUGACUUCAUGAUCCUCAACCUUUCUUUCUGUGACUUGUUCAUCUGCUGUGUGACUGCCCCCAUGUUUGCACUGGUGCUCUUCCUGGAUGCAGGCGGUGAGGACGGUGUGUCAAAGAGUUUCUGCUUCGCCUUCCACCUGACCAGCUCAGGCUUUAUCAUCAUGUCCCUGGAGACUGUAGCUGUCAUUGCUUUGCACAGACUGCGCAUGGUUUUGGGGCAGCAGCCCAACCGCACUGCCUCCUUCCCAUGCACGCUGGCCCUCACCGCCCUGCUGUGGACUUCCAGCUUCACCAUGGCUGCCCUCCUCACCAUGCGGGCAUACCCGCGUAGAGAUGGACCCUGCUUGCCCCACUUUGGCCUCGGAGGUGGACGGGCCAGGGUUGUAUUGUAUGUCUACCUGGCAGACUUUGCCUUUUGUGUAGCUGUGGUGUCUGUGUCCUACCUGAUGAUUGCUCAGACACUGAGGAAGAACGCACAAGUGAGGAAAUGUCCCGUCAUCACUGUAGAUGCCACAUGCCCUCCACCCCCUCCACCUCUCAUUGCAGCAGGCUUUGAGAGCAUGCAGUGUGCUGUUCAAGGCCCUUCUCUGUACCGUAACCAAACUUACAACAAACUCCAAAACGUCCAGACACACUCUUUCAUCAACAAGAACAGCCAGCCUCUUGUUCCUGGGGCCGCUCAAGGGGCCACCUGCUGUCAGCUGGUGUCUACAGUCAACUUGGCCACAGCCAAAGACUCUAAGGCUGUUGUCACCUGUGUAGUUAUUGUGUUCUCUGUGCUGCUUUGCUGCUUGCCGAUGGGAGUUUCACUGGCACAGGAUGUUUUGUCACCAGAGAGUAACUUUGCACAUUACCAAUUUGAACUGUGCGGCUUUGUGCUCAUUUUCCUCAAAUCGGGAAUCAAUCCCUUUGUGUACUCGCGCAACAGUGCAGGCCUCCGCCGCCGCGUGCUGUGCUGUAUUCAAUGGGCAGCACUGGGCUUUCUCUGUUGCAAGCAAAAGACUCGUCUGCAUGCGAUGGGGAAGGGCACCCUGGAAGCCAAUCGCAAUAAAUCCUCGCAUCAUGAGACCAACUGCUAUGUACUGUCGCCCAAGCCACAGAGGAGGCUGGUGGACCAGGCAUGUGGGCCGAGUCACUCCAGGGAUUGUGCUGGAAGUCCAAGGGCCACAGGUGGGCGUAAACCUCGCCCGCCAAGUACCUCAACACCCAUCAACACCCGCAUUGAGCCCUACUACAGCAUAUACAACAGCAGUCCCUCUGCAGGGCCCAGCUCCCCGACCAGCCUGCAGCCUGUCAGCUCUCAGACAUUUGCCUUUGCCAAGUCCUAUGUAGCCAUGCACUACCACACUCACCAAGACGCACUGCAAGACUUUGAAAGCACCUCAGUGCACCAGAUUCCCAUUCCCUCAGUCUGAUCAAAGAGCUGAUAAACAUAAAGGUUUGGACAAUCAAGCCAUGGCUUUAAAUCAAGAGGAACUUUAACACCGCCCAUUAUAAGUAUUUGGAAUCAAUAUUUACCUUUUUUUCUUCUCUGCAGAGGAAAUACAUGUUAGGUUUUCUUGAGUGGAAAAAGUAAAUGACAGUGUUAUUAGCAUUGCAAUGAAACUCAGAAUAAGCAAUAGAUUUGUAAUGAAAGUCUGUUCAAAAAGUAACUCACUGUUGUUUUACUGAUGCUGCAUUUUCACCUAAAUCUGCCCGUGUUGCACACGCAUGUGCCAUUAUAAGCCAAUACUCUGCAGGUGUCGUUGCAGCCAAAGACUGCACUUGCUAGAUCACUGCUGUGUGCUCUCUGGCUGAAGUUGCUGAGCACUGUCAUGAGCUGCUGUGGUUUCGGGCUGCUAUGGAACACUGCACAGGCACACAUGGCUGUCGAUGGCAUGUGGUCGCACUUUGAUGAACUUCUGCUUCUUGAGAGAAAUGUAUUUGUGAACCUCAUACACUUUUUAACACAAUAAAUGUUUGGCAAGUGCA